UUUAUAUCUGGCGUCUCAUUGUUAUGUAUUCCGGAAGUAGAAUUUCAGAAUGAUAUUCUGAUAGUUACCGAAACAAUCAAACACCGUUUAUUUAGAUGCAUAUCAUCUUCAGUGUAAUACAAUAUAUUGAUGUGAGUGAGAUGUCUUCUUGUCCAUGAUUUUGCAGUUGUGAAUUUCUGGCUAAAAUCAUCAAUAUGGCAGGACCUAUAAAGGAUUGUGUGAUCAGCGAUUCUUCUUCUAAUGAGCUGAUGUUAGCAAAACAUGUCAGUUAUAUCUCCGCCUACAGCAAAAAGAAAGAUGAUUAUGAAUAUUGCAUGACAGAGUACCUGAGAAUGAGUGGCGUGUACUGGGGGCUUACAGUAAUGGACCUCAUGCACAGUUUAGACCAAAUGGAUAAGGAUGAAGUGUUGAAAUUUGUCAAAGAUUGCCAGCAAGAAUGUGGUGGAAUUAGUGCCAGUAUUGGCCACGACCCACAUCUCCUAUAUACUCUCAGUGCAAUACAGAUUCUGACAAUAUAUGAUGCGACAGACACAAUCAAUGUUAACAAAGUGGUGUUGUUUAUAUCUGCACUGCAGCAGCCAGAUGGCAGUUUUUGUGGUGACAAAUGGGGGGAGGUGGAUACAAGAUUUUCCUUCUGUGCAAUAGCCUGUUUGGCCUUACUGAAACGACUGGAUGCUGUUAACAUAGACAAAGCAACUCAGUUUGUACUUUCAUGUAUGAACUUUGAUGGAGGAUUCGGCUGUAGACCUGGGAGUGAAACACACUCUGGGCAGAUCUACUGCUGUGUUGGAUUCCUGGCUUUAGUGGGGGGACUACACCAUAUCAAUGCAGACAUGCUUGGUUGGUGGCUUUGUGAGAGACAGCUGCCAUCUGGGGGUCUAAAUGGGCGACCAGAAAAGCUGCCAGAUGUUUGUUAUUCUUGGUGGGUUCUAGCAUCACUGAAAAUAAUUGGCAAAUUGCAUUGGAUUGAUAAGGAUAAAUUGGUGAGAUUUAUCCUUGCAACUCAAGAUGAAGAGACAGGAGGGUUUGCUGACAGGCCAGGAGAUAUGGUUGACCCAUUCCACACUUUAUUUGGAAUAUGUGGCCUGUCAUUGCUAGGAAACAAAGACAUUAAGCCUGUUAAUCCAGUAUUCUGCAUGCCUGAACAUAUCAUAAGAAGAACAGGAAUUGAAAUGGACCUUUUUUGACAAAAGGUGUGAUAUCAAAAUGUUAUGUAUGAGGAAAUGGACAAAAGCAAGAGAACAGAAUUUGAACCAUCUACACUGUGUAGAUAGUUCAAAUUUCUGUCAUAUGUUUCAAAUAAAGAAGGAAGAGUUGCACGAUGGGGUUGUCUAGAGACUUGAUGCUUUUAAAACUCAGCUUGCUGCACCUUUGAAUUUAGAGUACUCUGUUUAUUUAAUGUAAUAUUUCUUUAUAGAGAAGUGCCGAAGUGCUUGAUCUGGACUAGUGCGUCAUCAGCUCCAGCUGCAAAACAUUUUGAAUCAUUAUAUCACUGCUAAGCUUGCAGUUGGAUGAUUGGUCACAAACGGAUCUCAUCUUAUCUUAGAAUAGAUCAGUCGAUUUCCACUUGCUGUGUAUAUCAGAUUCUAUUCACCCCUCCCAGGAAUUUUCAAAAUUUAUUCAUUCAGUGUAUAUCAAGAUUAUAACUGUAUAUGACUGUAGGACAACACAACAAACAUUUAUUUAUCAUAUCUUCCUUUUGUAAAUGUAAUUGUUACACCGAAGGAAAUAAAGUCAUUUGAAUAAAAAAGAUUAUAUCUGUAGCAGUAAACAGAGGUUUUAACCUAUACUGUAUACUACAGGGC